ACCAAGACCUGUAGCCCGGGGAAAGAAGGCCAAGCCAGCGGACAGCGAGGACGAAAGUGAGGAGGAAGAGGAAGCUCCACGGAAAAGGAAAAGCAGAAAGAAGAAGGAAGAGAGUGAGGAAGACAGCGAGGAAGAGCCGAAGGCAAGAAGGAAGAGAGGAGCGGGUGCAAAGAAGAAAGCUGCCAAGAAAGAUGACUCUGAGGAAGAGAGUGAAGAGGAGAAAGGAAACAGAAGAAAAGGAAGGAAAAAAGGAACAAGUAAAAAAGAAAAGGAGGAGGAGAAUAUCAAAGAGAAGAAAGGAAAUGGCAAACAGGCAGGCAAAGGGGGGAAAGAUAAACAGGAGGACAAGAAUAAGAAAAAAAACAAAGGGAAACUCAGCAGCGGUUCCUCCUCGGACAGAAAUUCAGAAGAAGACGAGUCUCUGUCUGAAGGAGAGAUGGAACGACUAAAAGAGGAGGUGGAGGAGAAGAAAAAACAGAUAGCAACGCUUCGAAACAAGCCAUGGCGGAUGAAGAGAAGACUCAAGUGUCUCAAAGAAGCUCAAGCGUUUGUGGAAAAGUUUGAAGGGGCUUUGGGUAAAGGAAAAGGAAGGCGACUCUAUGCAUUUAAAGUUAUGAUGACCAAGAAACUAAUCAAGUUCAACAGAGACUUUGAAAACUUCAAAACAGCCUGCAUUCCCUGGGAAAGUCGGAUUAAAGAAGUGGAAAGUCACUUUGGGUCAUCUGUUGCCUCCUAUUUCAUUUUCCUUCGGUGGAUGUAUGGACUAAACCUUAUUCUCUUUGGCUUUGUGUUUGGGCUUGUUGUUAUUCCGGAGGUUCUGAUGGGAAUGCCUUACGGUUCUAUACCCCGAAAAACAGUCCCCAGAGAUGAGCAGGACACUGCCAUGGACUCUUCCGUCCUAUUUGAGUUUGGAGGUUAUUGCAAGUACUCCAUUAUGUUUUAUGGAUAUUACAACAAUCAACGUACCAUUGGAUUCCUGCAGUUCCGACAACCCUUGUCAUAUCUUUUGGUUGGUGUGGGAAUAUUUGGCUACAGUCUGAUGGUGGUUAUCAGAACAAUGGCAAGAAAUGCCAAUGAAGGAGGAGAUGGAGCAGAGGAAGGCUCCUUUACCUUUUGCUGGAAGCUGUUUACUAGCUGGGAUUACCUUAUAGGAAACCCAGAGACAGCUGACAACAAGUUUGCAUCCACCACCACAAGCUUCAAGGAAUCUAUAGUGGAUGAGCAGGAAAACCUAAAAGAUGAAAACAUUCACCUGCGCAGGUUUCUGCGUGUUCUUGCUAACGUUCUCAUCAUUUGCUGCUUGGGUGGGAGUGGCUAUCUCAUCUAUGCUGUGGUCAAAAGAUCUCAAGAUUUUGCCAAAAAGGACAGGAAUGAAUUGACAUGGCUUCAAAAAAACGAGGUUGAAAUUGUGAUGUCACUGCUGGGUUUGGUAUGUCCACCUCUGUUUGAGGCUAUUGCAGAGCUGGAAGACUAUCACCCUCGAAUCGCACUCAAGUGGCAGCUGGGCAGAAUCUUUGCUCUCUUUCUGGGCAACCUCUACACUUUCCUGUUCGCACUGUUUGAUGAAGUCAAUGCCAAGCUUGAAAAUGAGAAACAGAUAAAAAAUGAAACCAUUUGGGCUCUUAAAGAAUACUAUGCCAACUACACCUUGGAGCACAAUGUUACAGAAAACAUUCCUCCUCCAAACAUAUCACCUGCUGAUGUCGUCAGAGGGCCAUGCUGGGAGACAGAAGUCGGCAUUGAGAUUGUGAAGCUCACUGUAUCAGAUAUUCAGGUGACGUACCUGACCAUUCUGAUAGGGGACUUUUUACGGGCCGUUAUUGUGCGAUUUCUCAACUAUUGCUGGUGCUGGGAUCUGGAAGCUGGCUUUCCAUCUUAUGCAGAGUUUGACAUCAGUGGUAAUGUGCUUGGGCUCAUCUUCAACCAGGGAAUGAUCUGGAUGGGUGCUUUCUACGCUCCAGGGCUGGUGGGCAUAAACGUGUUACGUCUGCUGAGCUCCAUGUACUUCCAGUGCUGGGCAGUGAUGGCCUGUAACGUUCCCCAUGAAAGAGUGUUCAAAGCCUCACGCUCGAAUAACUUCUACAUGGGACUGCUGCUUCUCGUCCUCUUCCUCAGUCUCAUGCCUGUGGUUUAUUCCAUUAUGACCCUUCCUCCGUCCUUUGACUGUGGACCAUUCAGUGGAAAAGAUAAGAUGUAUGAGGUGGUCAUGGAAACUAUAGAAAAGGAUUUGCCUGCGUUUAUGGCAGACAUCUUCAGCUAUGCAUCCAAUCCAGGUCUCAUCAUACCUGCAGUCUUGCUUAUGGUGUUGGCUAUUUAUUACCUGAACGCUGUGUCUAAAGCCUAUCAGAAUGCUAACAUGGACUUAAAGAGGAAAAUGCAAAUGCAAAGAGAUGAGGAGAAGAACAGAAGGAACAACAAGGACAGCACUAAUCAGGUGAUGAAGGACCUGGAGGAUCUUAUGCCCAACAAGUCCCUGAUUCCCCCUCCAUCUCCUGAGGAGACUGGAAAACCAGCCGACCCACCCACUAAGUCACCAAAGGUGACAGGCAAACCAGGUUCUGCUGCCAGUGGGAAAGGUGUCCAUGUUCAGAAGGAAGUGUCUUUGGCUGCAGCAAAUCCCCGGGCUCCAGUGACUCGUCCGCCAGGUCCCAGGGCACCUGGGCCUCUCCCGGGUAAUGUUCGUGGACCUCCGCCAGGUCAAGUGGCGGGUAGAGGAAGAGGCAGACCACCACCACGAAGAUAAAGCAAUAUGGACACAUGUAUGAUAAAAUUUAUCCACAUUUGUCAGUCUGUUUCUUUUUGUAACAGAUAUAACAGUUUUCAUUCGCUACAGUACUACA